AAAUAUACAAGUGGAUAAUUCUUAAUCACAAUUUCACUAAAUAAAGUAAGAAAAGCUAUUUGUAAAGGAGUAUGGGCAUUGGGACGAUUUGCACAUGCUAUAUAAAUGAUUAAAGAGAUAUCUAUCCCAAAUCACACACUAGAACGAAAGACACAAAGAUAACACACUAAAACAAAACACCUUUAAAGUUUCUUCGCUUCUUUCAGCUUCGAUGGCAAUGGCUCAAAAUGAUAAGAAUAGAUGGGUCGCUCAAAAGGGCUUUGAAAUGCUCGAUACGUACCUUCCUUAUCUAUUCCCACCUGAGUCAAAUAUAAGAGAACCUGUUGUUUCUUACCCGGAGCAUAUUCAAUCCUUUGGCGGUGCCCGUCCUUUUGUUGGCAAUCCCAACCGGUCUGAGAGGCAGAAAGGACGGGCUAUUACCUGCGACGAGGCGGUCAGACUCUAUGGAGGGGUGCUUGUAAAGGAAUUUCGUAAUCGUAAAUAAGCGGUAUAAACUUACAAGUUAUGUUUGAAGAUGCAUGGUGAGUUUGUAAAUAAGUGUGGUAAUCUUUAUUUCUGCUUUAGAAAAAAAGUGCAGACCAACACAUAUGCUAAAGCUUAUUGUAACGGUUUUGAGUUAGAAUAAGCUUUAGAUCACGAACAAGUGUUUGUGUCUGUUAUAGAAGUACUAUAUGUUGAAGCUUGUAUAAUGUAAACAUAUGUGUCUUGACUCUUUGUAAAAAUAUGUACGUGUCUUGAAUCUUUGGUAAAAAUAAAUAAGCAUGUAUCAAAAGACUUGAAUAAGCAUGACAUAUAUGCACCAA